AAGUUGUGUAUAACAUUGGCUUCUUCUUUGUAAUAGGAAAACUUGAAUCAGCAUGGACAAUAAUUGAAAAAACACUGCUGCAAUCAUCAUAAGGAGUAAUAAUUAAUUGAAAGUUGUCAACAUACAUCAAUUUUUAAUAAUAUCUUUGCUUCUGAAUGGGAAGGGGGAUUCUUGUCCAUAUCAUAUACAUUGAUACUCCUGUUGUCUGUUUGUCAAUGGAAAUAACUUGCGCAUUUCAUCAAACAGCAGAAGACUUUAUUUAUUUUUAGCAUAUUUGCUGCUACUAUAUAUUUUGUUAUAAGAACAGGUUUGAGAUUUCUCGAGUGGAUUUGAAUUCUCGGAGUUUAACUUAUUCCAUCAUGAUUGGAAGCAAUGUGGAAAAUGAAGAAGCAAAGCCAUUGGGAAGAUGGUCUGUUUUAGCAUAUGGUGUAGGGCAUGUGCUUAAUGAUAUAACAUCAACUUAUUGGUAUACUUAUCUCUUGCUCUAUUUGACCAGUAUGGGAAUGCCUCCAAAACAAGUUGCAGCACUUGCAAUUACAGCGCAAUUCACCGAUGCAACGAUGACCAUAAUUGCUGGAGAACUGAUAGACAGAUUUGGACAUUUCAAAAUAUGGCAUGCUGUGGGGACUGUUCUUGUCUCUGCUGCAUUUUAUUCGUUUUUUUGGGGUGUUUGUGUUCCUUGCAAAAUUAUUGGGAUCGAUACGCCUCUUGUGCAAAUGAUUGGAUAUUAUAUGUUUGAUAUACUCUUCAGUGGUGGAUGGUCUUGUACUCAAGUAUCACAUAUGGCAAUGGUGAAUGGCCUUACCCUGGAUCAAACAAGCAGAGUUGCAUGUGUCAGCUGCCGCAAUGCUUUUACAAUGGUCGCAAGCCUAAUCGUGUAUGGAAUUGGAUUUUUCAUAUUCAAUUCAUCCGUGAAACAAGUUGAAAUAAAAGAGCAGUACCACUUGUUGGCAACUAUCACAGUAUUGAUCGGAUGCUUCUUUGUAAUUUUAUUUCAUCUUGGAACUAAAGAGCCUAGCGUGAAACAAGUAUCUCACCAGACAAAUCGCCGUGGUUCUUCUUGGAAGCGAUGGUUGAAAAAUGGCCUGUAUUAUAGAGUAGCUAGCAUUUAUGUGUUAACUAGAGUUGUAACGAAUAUAUCUCAGGUGUUUCUUGCUCUCUAUGUAAUUAGUGAUCUACACAUGAGCCAAUCUUCCAAGGCUUUGGUUCCUGCCAUCAUCUAUUUGUGCAGCUUCAUUACAUCUAUCUUUCUCCAGGAACUCGAAUGGAACAAUCACAGAUUGAAGGCCAUCUUUUCAGUAGGAGGCCUCCUGUGGCUAUUUUGUAGUGCAGUAGUACUCUCCCUACCGAUUAACAUGAAUGUUUUUAUGUACAUCUUGUCCGUAGUUAUUGGAAUCGCCAAUGCCUUCAUGAUGGUAACUUCAGUAGGCAUGGAAAGUGAGCUAGUUGAUAAAGAAGUUGAGGGAUCUGCUUUUGUUUAUGGAUCAUUAGGCUUUGUGGAGAAAGUAUUGUGUGGGGUAAUGCUGUACAUUCUAGAGUCAUACGAAAGCGUAACACCAGCAUCGUGCAAUCCAGCAUAUCCAUGUUUCACAGUAACGCGAUUUUCAUUGGGAUUCAUUCCGGGAGUUGCUGCAUUAGUUGGAGUCAUUGUUACAUGUUUUACAAAGUUCAGAACUUCACUUCCAGAGCCCUUCACAGAACCUUUGUUGACAUAGUGAUAAGCCAAAAGCUUUAUUUAGUGCAAUCACAAGGAGUUAAUAAGCAUUUUCUUAUUUAGUAUAUUCUAAGCACUACGCUUCUAUUUAUAGUUUUUUAAGAAGUGUGCAAGAUCAAUAAUGGACAAACACGGUUGAACGAAAGGAGUAUUAAUUAUACAUUAAA